AUGGCCCGCCGUAGAAAAAACAGAACACAUGUCAAGGCCCCUGUCGAGGCUAUAGACAAGGGUCCGAGCUCAUUCAUCAUCAAACAUGGCCAGGUCGGCGCCUCCCUCAGUCAGCUCGUCCGCGACCUUAGAAAACUCAUGGAACCAAACACCGCAAGCCGCCUCAAGGAACGCGCUCGGAACAAGCUCAGAGACUAUCUGACGAUUGCUCCUGCUCUCCAUGUCUCUCAUCUCCUCGCGUUCACCCUCACCCCAAUCGCGCCGUACAUGCGCAUGGUCAGGCUUCCCGCUGGUCCUACUCUUACUUUUCGCGUCGAAAAAUAUAGUCUUUCAAAGGACAUACUCAACACCAAAAAGCACGCGCGCAGUAUGGGUUUAGAGUACCUUACUCCGCCUCUGCUCGUCCUCGCAUCCUUCCCCCAACCCUCCCCAACGACACCACCCCACCUCACCCUCCUCAUGAAAUCCUUCCAAUCCCUCUUCCCACCCCUCUCACCCCAAACACUCACCCUCAGCUCCGCCCGACGCGUCGUUCUCGUCCAAUACGACCCCGACCACGACACAGUCGAUGUCCGACACUACCUCAUCACCGUCAAACCCUACGGCGUCUCCAGACGCGUGCGCAAGGUUCUUGAAGGUAAACCCGCGAAAUCUAAGUCUACGAAAAGCGCCCUAGACCUCAGCCGCGAACAAGACGUAGCCGAUUUCCUCCUCCGCCGUCGCGGCGAUCCCGGUCCUCCAGGUUCCGAAGGAGGCGCCGACGGUUACGAAUCUGCUGUAUCCAGCGCAUCCAGUGCUGCAGGUGACGACGACGCUGACGCCGUCUCACUUGCAGACGACUACGUUGGGAGGAACAAUAAACGAGGUACGCGCCGAGCCGUACGACUAGACGAGAUCGGUCCAAGGAUGGAACUUCAACUCGUUAAGAUUACAGAAGGUAUCCCGGGUAAGGAGGGUGCGGUCAUGUAUCAUAAAUUCGUGAAAAAAUCGAAAGCAGAGACGGCAGCACAGAAGAAAUCACACGCCGAAAAGGAGAGGCUUCGAAAGCAGAGGCGAGAAGAACAGGAGAGAAACGUCGCGCGGAAAAAGGCAGCUGAAGGAAAGAAGGGAGAGGGAGAUGAGGACGCUAGCGAGGAGGAAGACGAGGAAGGCGGGGAAGACGGGAAUGCUGAGGAAUACGGAGAAGAUGAAGACGGUGGGGAAUGGGAUGAUGAGGAAGAGAUCAGCGAGGGUGAAGAACAUGAAGACGAUCAGGGCGAGAGUGAGAGCGAUGAAGACGAGCCGGUCGAACGUCCCAGGAAACGAGAGAGGAGGAAGGAGCGGUGA